AUGUGUCGCUGAGGACAAGAAAGAGCAUUUGCAGUGCAGUCGAACAAACUUGGAGCUUGGUGAACACGUCUGAAAGGGCUGUUCGCCACCCUAUUUUCAAUACCCGGACAUCUCGGAAUCGGACCAGCAUGAUGUCCGUUAAGUUUUUCAGCUGUAGGCAUAUUGUCCUUAAAGUUUUCCUCGUGCAGUUUCUUGCUUCCCUGCAAACUUUUGCUGCGCCCUCACCCAUCAUAAAGUUCCCCGGCGAUGAUACUGCUCACACAGACAAAGAAGUGGCUCUGCACUACUUAAAUAAGUUCUAUGGCUGCCCUAAAGACAGGUGUAAUCUAAUGGUGUUGAAGGACACGCUGAAGAAAAUGCAGAAGUUUUUUGCUUUGCCAGAGACAGGGGAGAUUGACCAGAAGACAGUAGAGAUCAUGAAGAAACCACGAUGUGGGGUUCCUGAUGUGGCCAAUUACAAUUUCUUUCACAGGAAGCCCAAGUGGGGACAAAAAAACGUUACCUACAGAAUCUUAGGGCACACCCCAGAUCUGGAUGAAGAUACAAUUGAUGAUGCUUUCUAUCGUGCUUUUAAGGUCUGGAGUGAUGUUACACCUCUGAAAUUCACCAGAAUCAUGGAUGGAGAAGCCGACAUCAUGAUUAACUUUGGCCGAAAUGAACAUGGUGAUGGUUAUCCAUUUGAUGGCAAGGAUGGUCUGCUGGCUCAUGCAUUUGCCCCUGGACCUGGUAUUGGAGGAGACUCUCACUUUGAUGAUGAUGAGCAGUGGACUUUAGGAGAAGGACAAGUGGUAAAGGUGAAGUACGGUAAUGCUGAGGGCGAGUUCUGUAAGUUUCCAUUUUUGUUCAUGGGUAAAGAGUACAACAGCUGCACCUCUCAGGGUCGAGAUGAUGGGUUCCUUUGGUGCUCCACCACAUACAACUUUGAUGAUGAUGGAAAGUACGGCUUCUGUCCCCAUGAGCUCCUGUUCACAUUGGGUGGAAAUGCAGAUGGAGCCCCUUGUAAGUUCCCUUUCACAUUCCAGGGCGACAAAUAUGAUAGCUGCACCACCUCAGGCAGAGAUGAUGGAUACCGCUGGUGUGCAACCACUGAAGAUUAUGACAAGGACAAGACUUACGGAUUCUGUCCUGAGACAGCAAUGUCAACAUCAGGAGGAAAUUCAGAUGGAGCACCCUGUGUCUUCCCCUUCAAAUUCUUGGGUGAUAGUUACGACUCCUGCACCACAUCAGGGCGCAAUGAUGGAAAAAUGUGGUGUGCUGUCACCAAAAGCUUUGACGAUGACCGCAAAUGGGGCUUUUGUCCUGAUCAAGGUUACAGUCUAUUCCUUGUGGCGGCCCAUGAGUUCGGCCAUGCCCUGGGUUUAGAGCAUUCUGAUGACCCCGGAGCUCUCAUGGCUCCUAUCUACACAUUCACCAAAACCUUAAGACUGUCUGAUGAUGAUGUUAAAGGCAUCCAGGAGCUCUAUGGAGAACCAACAGACAAGCCAUUGCCCACUCACACCCCACCAGUCACACCAAUGGAUGUAUGUAAUGAAAACAUCAUAUUUGAUGCUGUAGCCCAGAUCAGAGGAGAGAUCUUCUUCUUUAAGGACAGAUUCCUCUUUAGGACGGCUGAUGUCAGGAAAAAGCCGACAGGCCCCAUGCUGGUUGCCACGUUCUGGAGUGAACUACCGGAGAAAAUUGAUGCAGCUUAUGAAAACCCUCUGGAAGAGAGGACUGUCUUUUUUGCUGGUGAUGAGAUGUGGGUAUAUUCUGCCAGUACCCUGGAAAGAGAAUAUCCCAAGAAAAUCUCCAGCAUGGGUCUUCCUUCAGAUUUACAUGGGAUUGAUGCUGCUUACUCCUUCCACAAGACCAAGAAGACUUACAUAUUUGCUGGGAACAAGUUCUGGAGAUACAAUGAAGCCAAGAAAAAGAUGGAUCCAGGCUUCCCUAAAAUUAUCGCAGAUUCUUGGACUGCUGUUCCCGAUGACCUAGAUGGUGCACUUAGCCUUAAUGGUGAUGGUCACAGCUACUUCUUCAAAGACUCACACUAUCUCAAAAUGGAUGACAGCACUCUGAAAAUUAUCAAAGUCGGCGAGGUCAAAAAGGACUGGCUGCGCUGCUGAACAUCGACAGACCAUUCAGCUCUAUGCCCUUCAACACUCAAUAAAAAUGGCCAGAAAUGACAGCACUCAAAUUUACCAUUCAGCCCCUCUUGGUUAGUCAGAGCCUCUUAGAUUAUAACCCUUUUUUACUAACCAGAGAGGCCUGGUAAGCUUCACUGCCUGGACCCACAGUAAGCAAACAGGACUGUCAUUUUAAAUGUUUUGUUGUAAUGUGCGAUAUUUUUCUUUAUUUUUAAAUAUGAAAGGGUUUAGUGCACUCCUUACUAUAACCUUACAUGUAUAUCAUCAGACUUAAAAAGGCUUCUGACAUUUCUCACGUACAUGUAAAGUGUGUCAGUGAGAUAUAUCUCCUUUUUUUAUUUGCACAGAAUAACUGAAUCCAGGCAGUAUGUAAAAAAGCACAAUGUAAUGUUUUGCUAGUACUGAUAUGAAAAAGAUUAGGGACUUAAUUCAUGUUCUAUUUCGUAGUAAAUACUAUCCAAUAAACAUUCCUGCAUUUAAUAAAAGGGUGCAUUUUAUACAUGACAAAUGUAUACAAACAGAGACCAAACAACUGUCAAAGCAGAUGAUUUUAUGUUUGUUUCUUUCACCUCAUGGUACAGAGAGAUUCAUGGCACGGGCUGCCUGAAGACUGUAUAGGGUUUGUUGCAUGAUGGACUCAUGUCAAGCAAGUAUCAUGAAAAGCUGAUUAUUAAUAAUCAUUUGUACUCUUUUUUUUAUUAUUUCUUUUUGUAGUUUUCUAAUUGACAUGCAAUCUGUUUAUAUUUGUAAUGUUUAUUUUUAUUAUUUUCUAUAUGCUUUGUGCACUUUGUCACUAUGUUUCAAAAUAAAUAAUAAUUAUCCUU